AUGGAGUUUAGUGUUUAUGGAAUGGAGUACACCGAUUUGCGAGAUCGGAUUUUUCACCAAAUAAUUGGUCGAAUUUUGUCCAUUCCGCGGAUUAUCCACAAAUUGAAGAGUCUUCUGCGAUCGACGUACGAGGAUCGGCUGAAAGGAUUCCAAAAAGACCAGGGACCAGAGGGUGAGCCUCAAGACCUUCUUCAGAAGAUAAUGCGACAUCUCUACGAGACCAACAUCCCCGAUCUGAACCUUCACUUUGUUGCCACUCACAUCAUGAUCUUCAUGCUGGCCGCUUGCGUACAGCCCUAUAUGCUGACUCCGCACGUUAUAUUCGACAUGCUGGAAUCGGAUCGCGAAUAUGGAACAAUAUCCCAGGUGCAGGAGGAGCUGAGCGAGGUCUUCGGUGAAGCCCGACAUGACGAGCCUCGGUGGAGCAGAAAUGACGCAUCCAAACUGACCAAACUAGACAGUAUUCUUCGCGAGUCUCUCCGCCUGAACACCCUCGUGAGCCAUAGCAUGCCCCGGAAAGUGAUGGCCGAUGGUCUACAGACACCUGAUUGUUUCACCUUGCCUAAAAGCGCGACUGUCUCUCUCCUGGCAAGAACUGUCCAGACAGAUCCUGAUAUCUAUCCAGACCCUGAUAAAUUUGUUCCGUUUCGAUUUGCUGGCUCGGACGGCAAGAGGCUCACGGUUAUCUCAUCGGAAUUCUUGGUUUUCGGGCACGCGCAAUAUGGAUGUGCUAGUCAAUUUCUGGUAGCCGUGGAGUUGAAAAUGGUGCUUGCGUACCUGUUCAGGCAUUACGAGGUCGAGUUACCAGCAGAGUAUGCAGGUAAACGGCCGCCGGCUAUGUGGAUCACUGAUUUAAAGAUCGCGCCGCAAAAUGAGAGGAUUAGAUUGAAGAAGAAAGGGUUUAGUUAG